GUGUCUAUCUUUAAGGGAGUGGGAGGAUAGACAUGGUGUUGUCUGGUCCCAGGAAGCUGAAGACCUGGCGGCAGAAGAGACACCUGGCCGGGCUGCAGGACACCCAGAUCAGGCAGGAGCAGCGGCGCUGGGAGCAGGACUAUGAGCUCAUUGAGUUCAAGGGCCAGUUUGAUGAAUUCCUGGAGAUGGUGCUGUGGUCUAGGUUCAUCACCAUCUUCGUGGCAGCCUUCCCACCGGCACCCCUGUUUGCUCUGCUCAGCAACUGGGUGGAGAUCCGACCGGACACCCAGAAGUUCUGAGAGUACUGGCGGCUGGUGGCUGAGCGGACCCAGGGCAUUGGGAUCUGGCUGGUCCUGCUUGAAGCCAUUGCCUACCUUUCUGUCAUCGUGAAUGCUUUCCUCAUCGCCUUCACCUCGGACUUCCUGCCACGUCUCCUGUACCAGUAAGAACACCACAGCCAGCUGCGUGGCUACGUCAACUUCAUCCUGGCGCCCGCACC